CUUGGUACUUGCAGUUGUGUCGGGCAGGACAGGUACACAGAGAACUCCUCAGAGGUCUGUACCUCAAGGGCUGCCAUGGAGAGCCUUGACAGAUCCUUCCAGGACUGGUGCGACAGCAGGCAACACGGGUUAGAGAUCGGACCCCUGGACUUGGUGGAGCGCAAAGGCUCCCUGACCCUCCGCUCUCAUCACAAGAAAUACUCGAGGCCGGUGUUGGUGUAUUCCUGGCACCGUGACAGAGAAGCUUUUCCCAAAGAUUAUGAUAUAGAGGGUCCUGAGAAAGUUAAAAAACUGUGUAAUUCAACAUAUCGGCAACUUGGAACCGAUGAAUCCCCAGUUUGGAUAUCAGAAACACAUGAAAAGUUGUCACAAGUAUGUUUAAACACAGAAUUGGCUGAAAUGAAGAGUAAGGCCCUAUUGAAUGAGGAAACAGUGAGCUCUGGGAUUAUUGAAAGGGUCACCGGAUUGCCUCCCAUAGGUUUUGGAGCUGUCUUACCUAGACAUCCACCAGAUCGGAGCAAAAUAUGUGCACCAACAACGUACUCAGAAGAUUAUGUUCCACCAUAUGAUUAUCAGCCACACAGUUAUACCUGUCAAGAUGAUUACUCCAUAGUCCACAGAAAAUGCCGUUCUCAGUUCACGGAUCUAAAUGGUUCUAAAAGAUUUGGCAUCAACACUUGGCAUGAUGAGAGUGGGAUUUAUGCUAAUUCAGAUGUAAAACGGAAACUCUAUUCCUUGACUGGCGGUCCUAUCUUGCCCAUUUAAAAAAUAAUGUAUGGAAUCAGCAUCUCUGACUAAUGAAAGAAAGGGUGUAGCAGCUGAUGAUUUUCUAUCUUAAUAAAUGUAAUGGAAGUGUUACUAUAGUA